UCUGGUCCCCUAAUGAAACCCAUUUGCUGCCAUCAUUCUUCAAUUUGUUAUUCCAACAAAACACGAAGGUUUCUCCUUAUGAUUUUACUCUUUUUCCUCUUUUUUUUCUCAUUUUACUCUUUCUUCUAUACAGAGAUAUCUCAGAAUCAGCCUGCGCUGUGAAGAAUGUGAGAAAUUUAAAGCAAUUUAAGUUUGUGUUGGUGUUGGAAUCUUCGCACAAAACUUUGUUCUACUGAGAAAUUAGAAACUUGCAGAAAAGCACUCAUCAAAUUGAACGGUGGUAACUGAAGAUCUUUCUAUAUUACGGAAUAAUUGUGGAGGAUAAGAGUUACGAAUUCGUGGCGAAGCUUGAUUGUCAUUCAUUUGGGUAUCAUAUGCAUGGCCCUGUAAAGCUUAAAUAUGUGUCAUCACCACGUGGAUUCUUGUUGUUGCUUGCUGGCGUGUUUGAAGCUGUGUUGAAGUGGAUUGAACUUAUUAAAUACAUUAAUACAUAGUAUCAGAAUGAACAUGCUAUCAACUCAGGAUUUGAUCAUAGUGAAUGAAAUAAACGUAGUAUUGAGUUUGAAUCUGGAACAUACAACUAUCUUUUAUUUUUCCAUGUCAAGGGUCUUUUUCUAGUCAUUAGAUUUCGCUUGCACUACUGUUACUGUUUGGAUGAGGAGGUUCCCUGUGGAUUACACAAACAUCUGAGCCAAUUAUAUAAAGAAUUGACACCACUCGUUACCAAAAUCCUUAAAACAAUGAGUUAAUGGGUUUUUCAUCUUUAUAUACUGAUCUACUUUCUUAUUUUUAUCCAACAUUCGACUUAGACUCACUUGGAUACCUAACCACUGUUACAUACUAGAUAACGUCUUGCUCACAGUAGGCCAUCUGACUUAGAGUUCUAAAACCAGUACACAAUUAUAGUUUGUACUGAUCUUACACUAAUCAAAUACAAUUUGGAAACCUAAAAAAUGAAAAGUGCCAGAAGUUGUAUAAAGUAUGUGUCAAUCCCACUAUGUAUAUAUUUUGCUUACCUAGCAUAACAUGAAAGGUGGUUGCAUGAGAGUGAUUCUUGCUUGAACGAAGUUAUAAACCACACAAUAAUCAGAAGACAAUCACUAUAGUAUGCAAGCCAUGGAACUCAUGAAAAAGUUAUAUGGAAAGCUCUCAACCACACGAACCAUCUUGCUUUCUGUAAUAAUUGUGAGUUUUGUUACUCUAUCUGUAAAGUAAAUUGCUUUAUUAUGCGUGCUCCAAAGAAAGGAAAAGGUUAUAGCAUUUAAUAUUUCCACUAUGGCAUUAAUAUACUCUCUCUGGAUUCUUCCACGUACCCAUCUAGGUUUUGCACCGAAAAUGUCUCCUUUUACUGAUGCCAUGAUUCUCCUGUCAUCCUCUUUAUUCUUGUCUCUGUCUCUCUCUCUGCAUUUGAUAAUCUACUGGGAAAGGAACGUUCGGUGCUUAACAUGUUAUUAUUCCUAAAGUCAUGUUCAAAGGUCAGGAAAUGAAGCACGAGGAUUCUUUACUCAUGCUUGGAAGAAUGUGUGCCUAAUGCAUUGCAUUAAGUAGUGCUCUACCAUCCCCCACUGAUGACAUCGGGGUUUUAAAAUAUGAUAUUGAUUGUGUGAUGCUUUUCAAAUUUGUGAAAUAUUACAGUUAUAUUAUAUUGUAUACUGCAAGUAGGAAUCUGCACAAGAAAGUAACUGCUCUGUUUCUCUCUCUGACUAGACUUUUUCACUCUGAUAAAGGGAAAACAAGGAAAGUUGGUGAUUGGGGAAGUUGAUUAAAUGGCAAAAGUUUGUUGGCCAUAUUUUGAUCCGGAGUAUGAGAACUUCAGCAACAGAAUCAACCCUCCAAGGGUCUCUGUGGACAAUGAUAGUUGCCAUGCUUGUACACUAAUCAAGUUUGAUAGUAUUAACAAACCUGGAAUUCUGCUGGAAGUGGUGCAAAUCCUGACAGACCUUGACUUCAUAAUUACCAAAGCUUACAUAUCUUCUGAUGGUGGAUGGUUUAUGGAUGUAUUUCAUGUCACCGAUCAGCAAGGCAAGAAGAUAACAGACAGCAAAACAAUAGACUUCAUUGAAAAGGCUCUAGGACCAAAGGGCCAGAGCACAGAAGGAGUGAAGAGUUGGCAAGGCAAAAGGGUUGGAGUUCACUCAAUUGGUGAUCAUAAAGCCAUUGAAAUCAUUGGAAGGGACCGCCCGGGUCUCUUGUCUGAGAUAUCAGCAGUCCUUGCCAGCCUCCAAUUCAAUGUGAUUGCUGCUGAAGUUUGGACUCAUAACAUGAGAAUAGCUUGUGUCCUUUAUGUCAAUGAUGCUACAAACCAAGCCAUGGAUGAAUCAAAAAGAUUGUCUAUUAUGGAGGAGCAGCUCAACCACAUCCUACGCGUGUGUGAGGAUGACGAGAAAGUGGCUAGGACCAGUUUCUCAAUGGGUUUGACCCACAUGGAUCGCAGGCUCCACCAAAUGCUAUUUGCUGACAGGGACUACGAAAGUGCUGGAGUAACAACAACAGAUUGUCCUCCUUCUUUUAGGCCAAAAAUCAGAAUAGAACGUAUUGUGGAAAAAGGGUACUCAGUAGUUACUGUAAGAUGCAAAGAUCGAGCAAAAUUGAUGUUUGACAUUGUUUGCACUCUCACCGACAUGCAGUAUGUGGUUUUCCAUGCUACAAUCUCAUCAGAAGGGCAAUAUGCAUCACAGGAGUACUUUAUCCGGCACAUGGAUGGAUGCACGCUUGAUACCGAAGGAGAGAAAGAAAGGGUCGUCAAAUGCAUUGAAGCUGCUAUUCAAAGAAGAGUUAGCGAGGGUGUGAGCCUUGAACUGUGUGCAAAGGACAGAGUGGGGUUGCUGUCAGAAGUGACAAGGAUUCUACGAGAGAAUGGCUUAACAGUUAGUAGGGCAGGUGUGUCAACCAUUGGGGAGAAAGGGCUAAAUGUGUUCUACGUGAGAGAUUCAUCUGGGAACCCAGUGGACAUGAAGAUCAUAGAAGCAUUACGCAAGGAAAUUGGACAGACAGUGAUGGUCAAUGUGAAAAGGGUACCUGGCAGUGCCAAAGCACCAGCUGAAACCCGAGGUUGGGCCAAAACAAGCUUCUUCUUUGGAAACUUGUUCGAAAGGUUCUUGACUUCAUAAUCAGAGUUCAGAAUCAUGCAUUGGUAUACUUGCCUGCUUAUAAAAGACACAUCAAAAUGUGUAUAUAUUUAAGAAUAAAAUCAAAGGUUGUUCAGUGUCUCACUUGGGUAGGGCUUGAACUUGUCCCUUUUGUUUUAAACCAAUGCUUAUAAGAUGUAACUUAUACUCAGUCUUUCCUUUGGCAUAUCUGUCUCUCAAUGUUAUCCUAUUUUUCACUCAUCUA